UUGCAGUUUUUUAAUGUCAAGUUCAUGCGCAAGUUCGAUGUUAUUCAGUCAAGCUUAUCGAUCAUACCCAGAGUCUCCCCCACUCACACCCAUCCAUCUGCAAACACAUCAAACAGAAUGCGGAGCAGUGCCUGAGCAGGCUGAAUUUGACCUAUGGGACAGAGACCAACAUCCUGAUCCUGAACUCAUGCCCCUGCCAAGCGCGGCCUGUGAUCUUGACUGGAAUAGUUUAGUUCAAGCAGCCCAAGAAUAUGAGACACAAAGGAUGGCAGCCCUUUUGUCAGAAAUGAGUCCUGUAUCAAGCAGGCCAGACACACCAUCCAAUGGAACCUGCCAGAUCCACCAAUCCAGUGCCUAUUGCAGUGGAGAAGAUAUGGACAGUGACGUAUUCGUUGACUUUCCUGACCAACUCUCUCACCUGGAAGGGAUGCUUAGGCGACUGAGUAGUGAUCUGCUGAAGGAGAAGAGAGACAAGCUGGCUCUUCUGGCAGAAGUGUUGAAGCUUCGCAUUAGCAACCAGCAUCUGAGAGAAGAGUCCCUUUGUGCAGUCGCACAACUACACAAAAUCAACAAAAUUUUAAACACGGCACCUGGAGAGAUGGAGUAAUGCAGGGUUGCAAGCACAGACUACAAGUCUGGAUAUCGGCACACUUUUUUUGCACUGAUUUGGGAGGCAAAAAUCUGCAGAAUGGAUGUAAAGAUGUGUUACGUGAAUCCAUUGGUGACUGAAAGCUUAAUCAAAUGACAAUGUUCCAGUUCUUUUGAUCUUACCUUUUGGUGAAGGU